GAUGGCUGUUGUGCGCGGGACGCCGCCGCUGUAGCGCCGCGAGGAGCCGCCCGCCCGCCCCGCUCCGCCGCGCCCGCCAUGGAGUGCCCGCACCUCGGCUCCAGCGUCUGCAUCGCGCCCGACUCGGCCAAGUUCCCGCAGGGCUCGCCCUCCUCCUGGUGCUGCAGCGUGUGCCGGUCAAAUAAAAGUCCCUGGGUCUGUCUGACGUGUUCGAGUGUCCAUUGUGGAAGAUAUGUGAAUGGCCAUGCAAAAAAGCAUUAUGAAGAUGCACAGAUUCCUAUGACCAAUCAUAAGAAAACAGAAAAACAGGAGAAAGUUCAGCAUACUGUGUGUAUGGAUUGCAGUAGUUACAGUACAUACUGUUAUCGUUGUGAUGAUUUUGUAGUCAAUGAUACCAAGCUGGGCCUGGUACAGAAGGUCAGAGAGCACCUACAGAACUUGGAAAAUUCAGCCUUUACAUCAGACAGACAUAGGAAAAGAAAACUAUUGGAAAACUCAUCUCUGAACAGCAAGUUAUUGAAAGUAAAUGGAAGCACCACUGCCCUUUGUGCCACAGGCCUUCGGAACCUGGGGAACACUUGUUUCAUGAAUGCAAUCCUUCAGUCACUCAGUAACAUUCAGCAGUUUUGCUGUUACUUCAAAGAGUUGCCUGCAGUGGAGCUGAGGAAUGGGAAGACGGCAGGGCGGCGAACUUACCACACCAGGAGCCAGGGGGAUAACAAUGUUUCACUUGUGGAAGAAUUCAGAAAGACACUCUGUGCUUUAUGGCAAGGAAGCCAAACUGCAUUUAGUCCAGAGUCUUUAUUUUACGUUGUUUGGAAAAUAAUGCCAAAUUUUAGGGGAUACCAGCAGCAGGAUGCCCACGAGUUCAUGCGUUACCUUUUGGACCAUCUACACCUGGAACUCCAGGGUGGCUUCAACGGUGUUUCACGUUCAGUAAUCUUGCAAGAAAAUUCUAACCUGUCUGGAAGCAAUAAAUGUUGCAUAAAUGGAGCGUCUACUGUCGUCACUGCCAUUUUCGGAGGCAUUCUUCAAAAUGAAGUCAACUGCCUAAUAUGUGGGACUGAAUCUAGAAAGUUUGACCCAUUCCUAGACCUUUCGCUAGAUAUUCCAAGUCAGUUCAGAAAUAAACGUACUAAAAACCAAGAGGGUGGACCAAUGUGCACGCUACGAGAUUGUCUUCGCAGUUUUACAGACCUGGAAGAACUUGAUGAGACAGAGCUGUACAUGUGCCACAAAUGCAAAAAGAAACAGAAGUCCACCAAAAAAUUCUGGAUUCAGAAACUACCAAAGGUGCUAUGCUUACACUUGAAACGCUUUCACUGGACAGCAUAUCUGAGGAACAAGGUUGAUACAUAUGUUGAGUUUCCCUUGCGAGGCCUAGACAUGAAAUGCUACUUGUUAGAGCCUGAAAACAGCGGCCCAGAGAGCUGCCUGUAUGACCUCGUGGCUGUGGUUGUGCAUCACGGCUCAGGCGUUGGUUCCGGCCACUACACGGCGUACGCGGCGCACGAGGGCCGCUGGUUCCACUUCAAUGACAGUACUGUAACCCUGACUGACGAGGAGACCGUGGGCAAGGCCAAGGCCUACAUCCUCUUCUACGUGGAGCGCCAAGCCAAGCCUGGAGCAGAGAAACUUUAAUACCUCCUUUGCAUUCUUACUUAUCAAGUCCACCGGACAAACAUUUCCAUUUUUCCAUAAAUACUUGAUCCGAGACUUAUUAAUUUCAUUGUGCACUUUGCAAUUUCCUCUUGUGGGUUUUUGUUUUGUUGUGUCAAUGGUAGCAUUUGACUUACUGAACUUGGACACAAACUAACUUUUUUUUUUAGUUAUACCAGAAAACCUCAGCAGAUUUUGAUUUGCUGCUUUAGUUGUGAUAACUCAAUUUUUAUAUAUAUAGUUUCAUGAAAUAGUUAUUUGACUUUUUUAUAUUAAUGUUUUCAGUUCUCACUUUCUAAAGGCACAUUUACAUCAAAAAUUCUCUGUCCUCUUUACAAGCAAGAUAAAUGUGCUUUUGAUCAUGAAAAGCAAUACAACUUCAUGCUGUUCGCAGUCCUGUUAUGUAGAUAUGACUUAAUCUCUUUAAAUCAAGGAAUUGUUUGCACGUACAACUGUUUCCCUCGUGCAAGAGACUUAACUGGUGACCUCUGACCAAUCAUCCUUUGUCUGCAGAAGAGAGGCAAUAUAACAUCAUUAAAUAGACCAGGUAAUUGCUGCUAUAUUGGUGUAUUCAGGCUGGUGACUGUCAGGAAUCAUUGUAAAUAAACAGUUGGUUCAAUUGUAUAAAUACUGCAAUUUAAUUACAGUACUGCUCAGAUAUGCUGCCCCCUACCCCCUGCAAAUUUAAAACAAUUCUCUUUACCUGUCUAAAUUACUUUGCCCUUUAUGGUUUUAUAACUGAACCUGAAUUCUAUUUGACAUCUCUUGGGUUAGACUGUCAUCCUGAAAUUGGAUCAUGAACACUUACGUGUUUGAAAACUGGGGCGACUUCCUGGCAGUAGAAUCCCAAGUAGAAGCCCGUAGUUCCUAGUGGGAAUUGGCCCCAAGGGCUGGGGUUUGUGAGAACAGGAGUGGGUCUAAAUGCAG